GAAGGGCGGGCGGCGCCAAGAUGGCGGUGCAGGCCGUGCACCUGGAGGCCGACGCCUUCCUCGUGUGCCUCAACCACGCGCUCAGCACCGAGAAGGAGGAGGUCAUGGGGCUCUGCAUCGGCGAGGUCGACACCAGCAGGAUCGUCCACAUCCACUCCGUGAUCAUCCUGCGCCGCUCCGACAAGCGCAAGGACCGCGUGGAGAUCUCCCCGGAGCAGCUCUCGGCCGCCUCCACGGAAGCCGAGAGGUUGGCUGAAAUGACGGGGCGGCCCAUGAGGGUCGUGGGCUGGUAUCACUCUCAUCCUCAUAUCACUGUCUGGCCGUCGCACGUGGAUGUCCGCACCCAAGCCAUGUAUCAGAUGAUGGACCAGGGCUUUGUAGGGCUUAUUUUCUCCUGCUUUAUUGAGGACAAAAACACAAAGACAGGCAGGAUUCUCUACACGUGUUUCCAGUCCAUUCAAGCCCAGAAGAGCUCAGAAUACGAAAGAAUUGAAAUUCCUAUUCAUGUUGUCCCCCAUGAAACCAUCGGGAAAGUGUGCCUGGAAUCAGCUGUGGAGCUGCCCAAGAUCCUGUGCCAGGAGGAGCAAGAUGCCUACAGGAGAAUUCACAGCCUCACGCAUCUAGACUCCGUCACCAAGAUUCACAACGGCUCAGUGUUCACCAAGAACCUCUGCAGCCAGAUGUCUGCCAUCAGCGGGCCCCUGCUCCAGUGGCUGGAGGACAGACUGGAGCAGAACAAGCAGCGGGUGCAGGAGCUGCAGCAGGAGAAGGAGCAGCUCUUGGAGGAACUAGCGGCCCUGGAGUGAAAGAGGAAACGGACCUUUGAGAAAAGAGACACGAAUAAAACUCUGCAAGUGCUACCUGUGGCUGGAGGGUGGCCCUGCUCCGUGCAGCAGGGCCCGUUCCUGCGGGAUGAGGGCUCCGUCCGCCCCAGCUUGACGGAGAGCAGGGGCGGCUCUCCAGGUGCCCCGCGAGGCAGUUCUAGCCCCGUGCUGGGGUUAGGCAGCAUCUCGUGGGAGAAGAGAGCCCAGGCUGGGGGCCGAGCAGCCAGGGAACACGCUGUGUCCCCUCCCUGCGUGUGACAGCUCUGCUGCUUUGUGCCAGGAGCCCAGAACAGCAGUAGCAGGGGCUGGUCUCUCCGCAGUCAUUUCUGAUGCUGCCACUCUUGCUGCCUUGUAGUAGCUUUGGUCAACCAUAAUCUAACACCAGUAGUAUUCUGGAUUACAGGUUAUCCACCAGGCAGGAACGAGGUGGGAGGGAUCUUUGGCAUAGGGUCAGUGCUCUGUGUACUUCACAUAAAGAAUUCCAAAGCCAGAGCUGCUCAGAGGAGAAGUGAGGUGGAUGCUGCAGCAAAUGGAGUGUCAGUGCCUGCAUUUUUGGAUCCUGUCUCUUCACUCCUAAUUCACAGGUUGCUGUUGAGUACCCAGCACUGCAGGUCUCUGCGAAAUGGGCGGUUUCUGCUGGAUUGAGGGAGAAAUGUGGCUCUUUCCUGGAGGGAAGAGCAAGAUGCUAGAAAGAGAGCUGAUAGCCACGUGAGCCUUUCAUUCCUGUGAGCUGCACUUCCCUGCAGAAACUUCAUUGACCUGAAACCGAAGAAAAUAACCCGGGUUGUUGAACUGGUCCUUUAACUGUCCUUGCCGUGGGAUUUGAGAGUAGCCUAAGCCCAUGUGUGUUGUUAUUAUCCGCAUCCAGGUAUUGAAGUCUGUCCUCUGAGCUAGCCUAGUUAAACCGCUGUUCUGGCUCCUUGUUCCUGUGCGUUGCUCCAUCGGAAGCCUCACGUGCCGGGUGAACGCGCUGGAAGUCGUUGCCUGUUGUGACGUUUCUGACAACUUAGUGGUCGGACUGC